CCAAAUACUCUGUACGAAGAUUUUAAAAAAUUAUGAGUUUCUUUCUUCUCUAACAGGCGAGAGAGAUCAUAAGAUCUGAGCAGUAAAAAUCCACACAAUUAUUAUAUGGUCAAAACUGAAAAUAGCUAGAAUUUCAAUAUAAAAUUUGAUUAACAUUAAUUUAACCACCAAAUCUGGUAUAAUCCGACAUCACUUUGUCCAAGGUAAGAGCGGGAAGAAGACGAUUGACAGAUCUGGAUCGCGCUCCAAAAGGCCCCAAGAACUUCUAGUUUCGCGGAUCAUUGAUUUCAAUUUUCAAACUUAAAUAAAUAUUAACCAUGUCAAUGUCACGGAGGCCAGUGAAUCCUACACGACGGCUUUCUGAUGGUGGAAGCAUCCCUUUUGUUGGAUCCAUGAAUUCGAAAUCACGUUCAUCACCUCUACUAUCUAUCGGGCUUUUAGUUGUGGGUGCAAUUCUUCUAAUCGGAUAUUUAUAUAGUGGGCCAGGUGGACUUAGUGUUGGAAAAGGAGCUUUAAGUAAAAUUGAAGGUGGUGUAUCAUGCACGCUAGAAGUCCAGAGGGCAUUACCUGUUUUAAAGAAGGCAUAUGGUGACAGUAUGCAUAAAAUAUUGCAUGUGGGUCCAGACUCUUGUUCAGUGGUAUCACAACUGUUAAAAGAGGAGGAUACUGAGGCCUGGGGUGUAGAACCGUAUGACUUAGAUGAUGCUGAUGCGAAUUGCAAGAGUCUUGUACGCAAAGGCAUUGUGCGUGUGGCUGAUAUCAAGUUCCCUCUGGCAUACCGUGCAAAAUCGUUUUCUUUAGUUAUAGUAUCAGAUGCUGUGGAUUACUUGUCUCCAAAGUAUCUUAAUAAAACUCUUCCAGAAUUGGCAAGGGUAUCGGCUGAUGGCCUUGUCAUACUUGCUGGUUACCCUGGUCAGACUAGAACCAAAGUUGCGGAGCUAUCCAAAUUUGGUCGUCCAGCUAAAUUGCGGAGCUCAUCUUGGUGGAUAAGGUACUUUCUUUCGACUGGGUUAGAGGAUAAUGAAGCUGCUGGAAAGAAGUUUGAACAGGCUUCAGUCAAGAAGACAUAUGCGCCAGCUUGCCAAAUUUUCCAUCUAAAGUCCUUGAGUUGAGAACCCCGCUUGUCAUAUCUCUCAAGUUGUUAACAAGCUUAUUGGUGAAAGGCAUGCCAACAAGUAUCUUCAGCACCGGAAGGGUAAAUUAUAUAUUGUGGUAAAUUAUAUUGCUUCUUUUUGAGACUGUAGAUCCUUCUGUUAAAUUUAUUCAGGGAAUGAAGAAGGCAGCAAACUCCUGCCCUGAUAUAUUCCUUUUUUUUUUUUGUUUUUUUGUUUUUUUGAGUAAGUCUGUGAUGUAUUCUUUUGAAUGUAGGUUUCUCUUUUCCCUGCAUAUCUUUUUUUUUUUUUUUUUUUUUUUUUCCCCCCUAUCUUUUAUAGAUGCAGAGAGGUAGAACUUUUAGCA